UUUUCAUCGAAAAGAAAAAAAAGCUUUUUGUUAAAAAUGUUGCAUUCAAAUGUCAUGUCAAAUUCAAUGAGACGUCUUAUUAAACAAAAUCGUAUUCUUGGUCGACGUUUUUAUGGUUAUCCUGCUUCAGCAAUAAAUUUUGGAUCAGAUCCAAGAAAAGAUAAAACAGUUCAUUUAACUCCACUUAGAGGUGUUAAUAUACUGCAUGAUCCUUUACUUUCUAAAGGUACUGCAUUUAGUAUUGCUGAAAGAGAACGACUUUCCAUUCGUGGACUAGUGCCUCCUCGUUGUCAAGAAAUGGAAAGACAAUUACUUAGAGUUAAACGUAAUUUAGACGCUUUAGAAACUCCUUUAGCAAAAUUUGUUUUCUUAAUUUCACUUCAAGACCGUAACGAGACAUUAUUUUAUAAGCUUUUAAUCAAUUAUCUGGAUGAAUUAGCUGGUAUUAUUUAUACCCCCACUGUUGGAGAAGCAUGUUUAUUAUCACAUUCAAUUUAUCGUCGUUCUAGAGGAAUGUAUUUCUCUACUCAAGAUAGAGGAUCUAUGUCUGCUAUGGUAUAUAAUUGGCCUCAUGAUGAAGUUGAUGUUAUCGUUGUUACAGAUGGCUCUCGUGUUUUAGGUUUAGGUGAUUUAGGAGCUAAUGGGAUGCAAAUCCCAAUAGGGAAACUAAGUUUGUAUGUGGCUGCUGGUGGUAUUCGUCCUCGUGCUGUACUCCCUGUUGUUUUGGAUGUUGGUACAAAUAAUGAAAAUUUAUUAAAUGAUCCACUUUAUCUUGGUAUGGGUCAUCCUAGAUUAGAUGGUGAAGACUAUCAUUCUUUUAUUGAUGAGUGGAUAACUGCUAUUCAAAGCAGAUGGCCUAAUGCACUUAUUCAGUUUGAAGAUUUUAAAUAUCCACAUGCUUAUGAUUUAUUAAACAAAUAUAAAGAUAAAUUCACUUGCUUUAAUGAUGAUAUUCAAUCAACGUCUGCUAUCACUUUAGCGGGUAUUCUUGCAUCAUUAAAAGCACGUAAUCGACCUAUUGAUUCACUUCAUGAAGAGCGUAUUGUAUGUGUUGGUGCUGGAUCUGCUGGUGUAGGUGUAUGUGAAGGUAUCAUUGAUGCCAUGGUAGAUCAAGGCAAAGUUAAAUCUCGUAAAGAAGCUUAUUCUCGUAUUUGGAUGUUGGAUCAGUAUGGUCUUCUUGGCAAUCCCAACUUGAAAAGGACGGAUCCUCAAUCAGUCGUAGUAGGAGGCAGUGAAAGAUUGAGCAAAUUAGAUGUACGUCAACAAUGCUAUGUUAAAGCUGAUAUGUGUGACAGAUUAAGUCUUGAGGAUGUAGUAGAGAAAGUGAAGCCAACAGUCAUCUUGGGUCUCACAGGCGUCCCUGGUGUAUUUACAGAAAAGGCCAUUCGAACAAUGACAGCUUAUCAAGAAAAACCCGUUGUUUUCCCUCUAAGUAACCCUGAUACACGUGCUGAGUGUAGUGCUGAGGAAGCCUUUAAAUGGACUGAGGGUCGUGCUAUCUUUGCAUCUGGUAGUCCAUUCAAGGAUGUUAUCUUACCUAAUGGUCGUAUUGGAAAGACAAAUCAAUGUAACAAUUCUUAUAGUUUCCCUGGUCUUGGUUUAGGUAUUACUGUCUCAAGAGCCACACGGGUGACUCCAACUAUGUUUUUGGAAACAGCAAAGACGAUUGCCAAUAUGGCCAGUCCUGAACAAUUAAAGCAAGGUAUUCUUUUCCCUGGUGUACAUCAUUUGCGUGAUGUAGCUUUGGCUGUUGGUACUCGUGUUUGUGAGAUAGCUUACAAAGAAGGGAUUGCUACUUCUGUAUUAAAAGAAGGUGAACUAUUAAGCGAUGUUGUUCAAAGCUCCAUGUAUAUUCCAGAAUAUGUUCCUUUAGUUCAUUCUCCUAACAGUUUUUAA